GUGAUGUGCUAGGUUCUAUCAGUGAUGUGCUAGGUUCUAUCAGUGAUGUGCUAGGUUCUAUCAGUGAUGUGCUAGGUUCUAUCAGUGAUGUGCUAGGUUCUAUCAGUGAUGUGCUAGGUUCUAUCAGUGAUGUGCUAGGUUCUAUCAGUGAUGUGCUAGGUUCUAUCAGUGAUGUGCUAGGUUCUAUCAGUGAUGUGCUAGGUUCUAUCAGUGAUGUGCUAGGUUCUAUCAUUGAUGCUAGGUUCUAUCAGUGAUGUGCUAGGUUCUAUCAGUGAUGCUAGGUUCUAUCAGUGAUGUGCUAGGUUCUAUCAGUGAUGUGCUAGGUUCUAUCAGUUAUGUGCUAGGUUCUAUAAGUGAUGUGCUAGGUUCUAUCAGUGAUGUGCUAGGUUCUAUCAGUGAUGUGCUAGGUUCUAUCAGUGAUGUGCUAGGUUCUAUCAUUGAUGCUAGGUUCUAUCAGUGAUGUGCUAGGUUCUAUCAGUGAUGUGCUAGGUUCUAUCAGUGAUGCUAGGUUCUAUCAGUGAUGCUAGGUUCUAUCAGUGAUGUGCUAGGUUCUAUAAGUGAUGUGCUAGGUUCUAUCAGUGAUGUGCUAGGUUCUAUCAGUGAUGUGCUAGGUUCUAUCAGUGAUGCUAGGUUCUAUCAGUGAUGUGCUAGGUUCUAUCAGUGAUGUGCUAGGUUCUGUCAGUGAUGCUAGGUGCUAUCAGUGAUGUGCUAGGUUCUAUCAGUGAUGUGCUAGGUUCUAUCAGUGAUGUGCUAGGUUCUAUCAGUGAUGCUAGGUUCUAUCAGUGAUGCUAGGUUCUAUAAGUGAUGUGCUAGGUUCUAUCAGUGAUGUGCUAUGUUCUAUAAGUGAUGUGCUAGGUUCUAUCAGUGAUGCUAGGUUCUAUAAGUGAUGUGCUAGGUUCUAUCAGUGAUGUGCUAUGUUCUAUAAGUGAUGUGCUAGGUUCUAUAAGUGAUGUGCUAGGUUCUAUCAGUGAUGUGCUAUGUUCUAUAAGUGAUGUGCUAGGUUCUAUCAGUGAUGUGAAGGUUCUAUCAGUGAUGCUGUAUCCCUGGUCCAGUGAAGAACAAGGUAGGAGGGCUCUAUGUCUGUUAUGAAGGUUUACUGACAGCUUCAGGUCAACACCAGGGUAGUAUUUGUUUAUGAAGGAUGGGCAGUAGCUAGGUAGUAGCCAUAGUAAUGCUCACCUCAUAUCUCCACUGUGAGUUUAUGUAAGCCUGGUAACCACUAGCACUUGUACGUACACAGUGAAUUAGAGGGCACGUUGCAUUGCAUUCUUGAACAAGAGCUGGUUAGCACACCAGCGUGGCUUGGAUUUACCAUAGUGAUGUAACAUCAUCUAUACUGAUGAGAUGAAGAGGUGUCACUGGCCUUGCUGCAGCACUAAGGAUGGUCAGAGUCUGCCGUCAUACGAUGCCCUGGCCCAGAUCCUCCCAGACAACACAACGACAGCUGGGAAAACAGAGGCUCCACAGAGCAACAACCAUAUCAACCAGACCUAUCAGAAACAUACUCCACACAAAAGAGCUCCUCUCCCCGACUUUGAGGAUGACCUUCAAAACAAAGAUGUGGAGAACUACCGGACAGCGAUGCGUGAGAUGGCGGAGGACAUCAUAGCCCUGAGGACCCAGGUGGUAACCUUGGAGACGGACAACAGCCAGCUCCGUAGUGACCUCACGCUGCACCAGGACCUAGGACGCCACCUACUGGACAACACUGAUAUAGACCUCAUGACCAAGGCAGAGAUCGCUGACAGGAUAGCCUCUCUGAAGUUUAAGCUGGCCAGUGAGAGCAGCAAGGCUUCAGCUCAGCGAGACAAGAUACAACAACUACAGAAUGAUCUGAUCAGGAAGAAUGACAGUGAGAAGGAGUUUCUGCGUCUCCAGAGAGCCCACCAGCAGCAACAGACCGUCCUCCAGAGAUACCGCAGGACUGUCUCCAAGACUGCAGGCCUGGAGGCCACCAUUAAACAGCAGGAGAAGAUCAUUGAGAAGAUGGAGAAGGUUCUGGACAACAAACUGACAGAGAAGAGCAAGGAGAAUGCAGAGAGGAAGUUGAUGAUGAAGAUGGAUCCAACAGCAGGUGAGGAGGACAACAGGAAGGUGGAGAUACAGUCAGCAGCAGAGAACUGGAGGCUCAGAGGAGAACUGGACAAGAUACGUUCCCAACCUCCACAAGCUGCCAUCAUUAUACAACAGCCUGCACAGCAGGUCUUCCCAGACAGAGAGAGGCUGACUCUGCUCAUUAAGCUGGAGAAGGCAGAGACCAGAGUACUCACACUGGAGAAACAGUUGGAAGAGAACUGUAAGCGAUGGGGCAGACAGAAACAAGACAUGUUGACCAGACUCAGUGAACACAACUACGGUUUUGAACGCACCUCGACCACCAUCGCCCAUGAUCUACCCCUGAAGAGUGUGUCAGACUCUGUGCUGGAGCGUACCCGACGAAGACAGCUGAAGCCAGUGAAGAAGUGACCCUACCUCCCAUACCUGACCUCUAACCCCUGACCUCCCGGCUACCUGACCUACAGACCUUAUACCCAGCUAACACCCCAGGACAAAGUCAUUUAUUUUCCUGAAAAUAUAUCUUGUUUUUUUGU